AGUCGCAAGCGUGUUCUCCAGUUCCCUCCAUGGCUGACGCCGCAGCGCAAGUUCUGGGACACAUCCACGGGUUGCACCACGACUUCUCCAAGACUCAAGCGCACAGCGAAUGGCUGCAGCGCUUUCAGCAGUCACAGGAGGCAUGGAUGGUGGUGCAUGGAUUGCUCAGCUCCCAGAGUGAAGAGGUGGUGCUGUACUUCGCCUGCCACACGAUCGUGUCAAAGCUACAGGCCGGCCAGCUACCUCCAGAUCUCAAUGCUUGCAGACAAGAGCUGUACAGCUGCCUGGCCAGGUUCCGCAGCGGCCCGGCCUCCGUGCGCCGGCAGCUGGUGAUCGCGGUGGUGGACUGCCAGCUCUGGCGCCCCGCGGUGGAGGACCCUCAGUGGCUCACGGAGACCUUGCAGCAGCUCUCCGGAGGGGAGGCCAUGCUUUGCUUGCUGGAGCUGCUUGCAGCCAUUCCGGAGGAGGCCGCCAACCGCAAGGUUAUGGUGGGCGCCGAAAGACGGUCCUCAUUCGCCGCGAGCAUGCUGGUGCACACCAACAUGGUCCUGGAUGCCGCCUGCAAGGCCGCCCAGGCCCAUGAGGCGACCGCCAUCCUGGCGUUGCGCGCCUGCGCGAGAUGGCUUCACCUGCAGCACGCCAGCCCCAGCUUCCGGGCGCAGAAGAAGGCCGCGGCCAGCGGGGGGAAGUACUGCGCGGAGCUGAUCCGCCAAGGCGGCCUGCACGAGAAUCCGCUGGUCCGGCGAGCGGCCCAGGUGGUGGCGGCCACAGGCAGCCCCCAGACCGCAUCGCUGGAGCUCUGCCGCGCCUGCGCGGACCUCCUCAGCGAGGCCAUGGCCCUCACCAACGAGGUGACCGGGCCCAGUGGCCAGCUGUUGCUGCAGAUCAUCGAAGCCGUGGUCACAGGCAGUCGUCAAGUCUUCCAGCAGGCGGAGGGCUACCUGGUGAAGUGGAUGGAGACAGACUCGGAGCUCGCUUCUACAGUGGCGUUGCUGGGCCGGCUCGUGGCGGAACUGGGUGGGCCCUUCGUGCGCUUCGUGGUGGGUGACGGCAUCGCGCCUGCGGUGUGCGACCACCUUUCCACGCUGGCGCAGCACUUUGUGCGAUUGCGACAUACGGAUGUGGCCCGAUGCGGACUGGACUUUUGGUACCAGGGCUUGGCCGUGCACCUGGGAGCAGAGGCCAUCGAGGACGAUCCCUAUGACGAGGAGGGCAGUGGCCAGGCCCUGGGCCUCCGGGACCCCGACCUGGAAGCCCAGCGACGGAGCCUCGAGAGGCCGCUGUUGUCGCCUCACAUUGAAGCGAUGGUGCAGGCGCACUGGCAGUCGGUGCGCUACCCCGCCGAGCCGGAGCAGGAGGCCAACUUCGAGUGGGAUGACUUUGUGCGGUUCCGGGAGCUGUGCAACAUCAACAUCACCGAGGCCUGUGUAGUGGUCACGCCCCGCUGGAUCAUCGAGUACAUCGGUCGGGUGCUGGAGGAGAUCUGCAAGCAGAACCCGAUCCCAUGGCAGGACAUCGAUGCGUGUGUCUUCGUGCUGACGGGUGUGGCCUCCCGUGCACCGGCGGGCCAGGACACCGUGAUCCCGCGGCUCAUCGAACUGCUGCCGCAGCUACCGUACCCCUCGGAGGGGCUGAAGGCGCUGCUGCUGCGCAGCGCCGCCUCGCGGCUGGUGCUCUUCACCUCAGGCUACCUGGCGCUCAACCCGGCGCCCUGUAAGGAGAUCUUGCGGUUCCUGGCCCUGCAGCACCUCCCAGGGAUUCUGCCCUUGAAGCCUGCCCAGGACCCCGACGUCAAGAAGUACUGCGAGUCUUUGGCCUGCGACGCCAUGAAGAUGGUGAUGACGGCGGCGAGGAAGACCAUUGUGGCGGCGGACGGGGGCACUUUGUGGAAGGAGGUAGUGAACGCAGUGAUUCCUCUGGUCUCGGAGAGUCGCUUCAACGUGGACUGCCGCGCCCAGCUGGUCUUCGGCAUCGGUCAGGUGCUCUCAGUGCUGCAGGACUGGAACGAGCUGGAGCAUGCGCUGAGCAUGUUCGUGUCUCGCAUGGAGGUGCCCAUCCAGCCCAUCCUCGGCAGCCUGCCAGCUGAGCCGUUGGGAUCCCGCGCGGUGAAGACCACCCGGGACGGCAAGGCGCCGGUGGAGCUGAAGUUGUACAUCGCCUCAGUCUCCAGCGUGUACAACAUGCCGCCGCGGGAUCCCUUGCUUGGCCCAGCAGACCACCACCCAGUUCUGGGUGUGGUGGAGAAGCACUUCGCUACCAUUGAGCGUGUUUGCAUCCACCAUACCCACUACGAGGAGCUGAUGGAGCAAGUCUGCUUGGCCUUCAGCUAUAUCUUGGGCUUCUCUCGGGAGUACGCACCCACCUCCGCGGUGUUUGUGCCCAUGAUGAAGCUCAUGGCCAGAUGCUGCGAGCAGCACCCGCAGCCCUACUACAUGGGUUUGGUGCGGAACGCGAUCGGCUUCUUCGCCUCCAACGCGGAGAAUCAGAUGGAUGCGGUGCUGGUGGACCUCACAGGGCUCUUCAUUGCCCCGGUCGCGCGGAACCUCUCCGGAGGAAGUGUCGCAAUCGCGCCGCCCAUCAGCGCGGCGGCCUACGAGAUGAUGGCGGAAGCUGUGAGGCACUGGAACCUCUCGCUGCUGGCCAUCAAGUCCACGCAGUGGAUGCCAGAAGUGCUCGACUGCACCAUCGAGGCAUUGCCGGGGCUCACGGAGGGCCAGGCGAUGUACGAAAGGACAAUUACGGCGAUGAUGCGGUUCAUCCGGAACGUGCUGCUCUGGGGGGAUCCGGAGACCGCCAAGGGGGACAACGCCCCGGAGUUGCUGGAGCUUCAGAAGCAAGCGCAGGGCAUCAUGGUGGAGCGGCAGCUGGCCCGGGGUACUGCCCUGCCCCGGCUGAUCAAGAUCCUGGCCAUGUUGCUGGUGGUUGCUGCGCCCAACAACCCCAGCCGUGGCGAGGUGGUGCCAACCGUUGCUGAGGUGUACCGAACUCUACUCAUCGGCCCGUUCGAGUACCUCUCCUCCCAGCAGAUCCCGGCGAGCUUUCGGCAACUGCCUCCUCCCUGCAAUGAGGCGCUGGUGGGUGAGCUGGGAGCUUAGAAGUUGGGUCGCGAGGUCCCAAGCUGGUUUGGCCCAAGCUGCGAACCGCGGCCUUGAGGCAUGAUCCCCAGAAGGUGUUGCAGCAGCUGAAGAUGGAGAAAGGAGACUCUAGAAGAUUUACGAAGACCAUCAUCAACGUGGCUGAGCGUUUCGCUGCCACAUUGAAGAGGGCUCCGGUUUAAUUAGACCGAUCUGACACGAAGA